AUGGUUGCUGGUAGAUUUGCAGUUAUGAUGGAUGAGUUUUGGAAAAAUAGAAACGAUUUUAUUUGGCAUAAUGAGAAGGAGGAAGCACCUAAAUUGGGUAUGAUUGCAUUUCGUAACUGGCAUAAUUGGCUUACAACACAAAGAACUCAAGGGAGAGAGAAUAACUUUCAGAAUAUCACAAAUUGGAACCCACCAGCGGAAGGAUGGUUAAAGUGCAAUGUGGAUGCGGGGUUUAACAAUCACGUUGGGACUACUAAUAGGGGAUGGUGUAUCGUGAUAAAAGAGGUUGUUCAAGCCAUCCACUCCGACCACGAGGGUGGCUCGGAAUUUAGUUUAAUUAUUAUGUCUAUUAAAAUUUUAUUACAUGUUUUCUCCAACUUCGAGGUGAAGUUUAUUAGGCGUCAAGCGAAUUCGGUUGCCCACUCCCUCGCGAAGGCGGCCAAUUCUUGGGCUAGACGCAGUGUUAUUCAUAUGAUUCCUCCUUGUAUUGAACAUCAUGUGUUGAAUGAAAGUCAUUAA